AAAGAAAUCAUUCACUCAAUGAUUUUGUUUUGUGGUAUUUUCGAGUUUCGCAUUAUUUUAUUUUACUGACUUGUAAUUUAAUAAGACUUGAAGAUUAAAGUUUUAACAAUAUCCAGUGCUCCAUGUAGAAUAAAAAAUGGCGUUACAGAACAUUGGUGCGUUUAUACGUAAAUGCAAUGGGACGACUCUUCGGUACGAUCAAGCAUGUUUGGAGUUGAUCACUGACGAAGAAGUGACUUUUUAUAGCCAAUAUGAUGAAUGCGAGGGCUGUAAAUUGCUGGAGACGAUCAGAUUGCCAUCUACGGGGGCUGUGGUCCUUGGAACUACGAGUCCUCUGCACUACGCUAUUAAAAAUGGCAACGGACAAAUUUGCAAUGGCACAUAUCUCUUUGGAGAGUUUGGCCAAUACAGCAUCAACGUGUCCGAUGUGACGAAGGACCUGUGCCUCCCCCGCAUGACGGCGGAGCCCGACGCCUCUUCGCUGCCUAUCCUGAACGCGGUGGUCACUCUGUUGUCUAUGGCUACUCUAUGGUAUAUUGUGAAAGGAAUCGGCAAGAGAAUCAUUGCAGGAAGGUUGUAUGCCAGAUAUUUUGCAAGGGAGGACAACGAACUUGGAUCCGAGACACGAGUACUGACAGCCGAGGCGAGCGUCCCGAGGUCCCCAACUCGCUCCAGACUUCGCUCCCUGGACAUCUUCAGAGGAUUCGCAAUCGCUCUCAUGAUAUUCGUGAACGCGGGCGGCGGCGGCUACGCAAUAUUCACCCACGCAGCGUGGGACGGACUCACAGUGGCCGACGUAGUGUUUCCGUGGUUCGCAUUCGCCAUGGGACAGUCGCUGGUGCUUUCCCUCCACGCCAGACUGAGGACCUCCAUGCCCAGGACCACUGCUUUCUAUCAGGUCGCACGUAGAUCCCUACUCCUGGCCCUUUUGGGCAUAGUACUGAGUUCCACCAACGUUUCUUGGACCAACGUCAGACUGCCCGGAGUGUUGCAACGCUUGGCUGCAAUGUACUUCAUCGUUGGCUCACUGGAGUGCGCCCUGAUGAGGACCAGCCAGAAUAUAACUCCAGGUCGUUCUCUGUUUCGUGAUAUCGCCGCAGGGUGGCAGCAGUGGCUAGUCACCAUUAUACUUGCGACCACUCAGGUGUGCAUAACCCUGUUCCUGGGCGCCCCGGGCUGCCCCCGGGGCUACGCGGGCCCCGGGGGGCUGCACAUGUCCGCGGUGGGGGGGGACUCACUGCAAAACUGUACCGGGGGCAUCGCCAGCUAUAUUGACAGACUGGUCCUCGGCUCGUCCCACUUGUACCAGCGCGGCACCUUCCACAAGCUGUACCGCACGUCGGUCCCGCACGACCCCGAGGGCCUCCUGGGCGUGUUCUCCGGCGUGCUGGUGCUGCAGGCCGGCGCUCACGCCACCAGGGUCAUGCUGGCUUACAACCAUGCCAGGGCCCGCAUAGUGCGUUGGUUGUUCUGGGCUAUAAUCUUCGGCGUGUCGGGCGGGGCCUUAUGCAUGUUCUCAAAGAGCGCCGGGCCGAUACCCAUAAACAAGAAUCUAUGGUCCCUGUCAUACUGCCUGGUGACAGCUGGCAUGGCCUUCUUCAUUCAAGCAGUCCUGUAUUUUGUUGUGGAUCUGAAGAAUAGGUGGGGCGGUAGACCACUUUAUUAUGCUGGCCAAAACGCCCUCUUCCUAUAUAUCGGCAGCGAACUCCUAAAGAACCAUUUCCCUCUAAAAUGGUACAUCGCAUAUCCAACUCAUGCGCAGUUACUGGCAACACACGCGGCGGCCAUGUUGAUUUGGUUGGCCGUCGGCAUCGCCUUGCACAGGAAACGGAUCUUUAUCACAUUGUAACAACGCCUAUUGUCGCUUGUGGUGCGUGUUUUUAUUUAAAUUUACUAAAUUGGCUGCAACUUUGUGGACCGCACAAGAAAUUGAUCUUUAUCACCUUGUAAUAAAUCCUAUUAUUGCUUGUGACGUAAUAACAACAUUUUUAAUUUGUCGGUUUGGCUACCAGAUAAGUACUGUAUCAUCUUGUGAUAGUAUAUUAUAUAUGAAGUAUAUUAUCGCGGUAAUAUUGGAAUGAAAUUGGAAUAUUAAUUUACAAGAUUAUUUGCCAGACUGUGUAAUAAUAAAAGGUUAAUGACCGGUAGCCAUGUAUUGAAAUAUAUUUGAUCUUUAACGUAUUGUAAUAGAGUCCUUUUUCGCGUGUGGUACGUGACAAUGUUAAAAUUAUCAUAAAAAUGAAAUGGGCUGUCAAAUUACUUGGAAUAGGUCAAUGACCAUCCAUUAUGAUUUGCUCAUAAUAGAUCUUUAUUUCUUUAUAAUAAGGUCCACUUUUAACGAGCAAUAAAUUCGUAUUAGCCAUAGAGAAUUAUAUUGAAAAAAAAAAACAUAUAACGUAGUAAUUUUUACAGAUUUAUCUGAUAAAAAUGAAUUGACGAUUGUAAAUCGAUUAUUGACGUGAAACUAAAUGCUUCAACGAAUAAAAUACUGUAUUGUAAAUUUGUAAUGUAAAUCAAAAAAUAUAUGCCAAGAAUGGACUGUGUAUUUAAAAAAUUAAUAUUGGACAAAGAAUAGGCUAAAUAUAUAUAAAAAGAUAAAAUAAAUGAAAAAAAAUCUAUUCAGCGACUGUCUAAAAAUCCAGAAACGUAUUUUGAAUGAAAUGAUCUUUAUGAAUGUGAUUUAAGGCUAAGAUUAUAUUAAUAUUCCAUAAUUGCAUUGAUUUUAGCAUUAUUUAAUGUAUUUAGUCUACUAUAAAGUAUCAGUUGGCCCCUUUAUAUAGUUGCUCAAGUAUUAAGGGCAUAAAGAAAAAAUAUUUUAAUAUGGAGAGCUUUGAUAACAAAUAUGGCGAGAGUUCCUGAAGGCCACACUGGCUUCUCAUUGUGCUUAUAAUGAGUUAUCCUGUCAAAGGCAUAGACAAAGAUUUAUAAAUGCAUAGAUAAAAUACAUGAUUACAUACUACUCUAUGAAAACCCUGACUGGAUAUAAUUUUAAAAAUGUUCACUUUACGAAAAAAGAACACAUAUGAAUGAAUAUAAAACGAAAAUGUUUAAAAAUGGCCAGUGAUUUUGUUGAAUUAAAAAAAAAUCUCUAUCCUUAUUACAGAUUAUAUUACUUAGGUACUAUAUGAUAUUAUGAAAUUUAAUAUUUUAUUAUCAUAUUAUACAUAAGUUCUUGUAUUUGAAGAUCUUUUAGUUUUAGCUCGAUUUAAUUUAUUAUUGGAAACAACAUACUUUAGAGAAAAUUCUAAACGCGGCGAUAUUUUUUAAUAACAUUAGGCCAAUCACCAAUAUUCUUUGUAUCGUUAUUGCAAUUUAAAACCAACCUUGAGUCUAUUACAAUAAGAUUCAUUUUCAAGUGGUACACCGCGAGGAUUUCUAUCUCCUUCCGAGGAAUCGUAUCACUUAAAAAUGAAUCUUAUUUUAAUAAAAUUAAAUCUGGUUUUUAAUUAUCAUAACGAUAGAAUGAAUGUUGCCGCUUGGCGUACUGAUAACUUUUUAAAAAUAAUAAUUACAUAUUUUAUUUAGUGCAUGUCAGAAGCAUCUUUAUGCAUUCAUAUUAAAAUAGUAACAUAAUUUUAUAAUGGUGAUUUUAAUAUGAAUAUAUCAAUUAUUUACUUUUUUUCUCAAUUUACUAAAUUCUUUUAGGAAUUACGCAUAUCGGGGCAAUUUUGUAUUUUAAUUUACUCACAGAAUAGAAUGUUUUAGUUUCACAUAAUCAUGUAAUAAAAAGUUAUGUUACA